AUGCGCCGCCCCAUCCUUGCUUCCCUGCCAGAGUGGUGCAGCCACUGGUUGGGCUACCGCUCCGACCCUGUCAAGCCUCCGCCCAGAUAUCUUGUCUAUCUUUGGUCUUUUAUUGGCGCUUUUUGUGGUCUGUCGGUCUUGACGGCGUUGUUCAGCUAUAGCCAGUAUUUUCUCAGUCGUGGGGUACCCGUCAUUGUCGCUUCCUAUGGAGCAUCAGCAGUCCUCGUCUUUGGAGCAAUAGAAAGUCCCUUGGCGCAACCACGCGCCCUCAUCUUCGGCCACUUCAUCAGCGCCCUAAUCGGCACCUGCGUCACUAAACUUUUCGAGUUCCUGCCUGCCUCACGCUUCCACGAGUUGCGCUGGCUGGCUGCCUCUCUUUCCUCCGCUAUUGCCGUAGUAGCCAUGGAAGUCACCGAAACCACGCAUCCUCCUGCUGGCGCGACUGCUUUGCUGCCUGCCACUAAUGAAGAGAUCAGAGAUUUGAGUUGGUACUUUUUACCGAUUGUGUUGCUCUCGUCAGUCGUUCUUAUGGUUGUGGGAUUGAUUAACAAUAAUAUCCAACGCCGAUACCCGAUUUUCUGGUAUGCGCCGGUGAAGCCAAAGUCUGCGCUUCCAGCGAACAAGUAA